AUGGUUCACCUCUUUGCUCGUCUUGCAUCUCUUGCCGCUGUCGUUGCUUGCCUCGUGGCGUCGGCAAGCGCGGCCCCUUCAUAUGCGACCGACCUCGUCGCUCGCAAGGCAUCGAAAACGCAGGCCACUCCAGCUGCACCGCACUUUGUCGUAUACGACGACAAAUACGUGACCGGUGCUGCUCCUUCCCCCACGGUCAUCGAUGGAUUCAACGUGUACAUCUUGAGCUUCUGGCUUUACUCGGGCCUCGCGGACCAAGCCGAGACUUGGAAAGAGCUCACCGCGGACCAACGUGCAACGAUCAAGUCUGAGUAUGCUGCUGCAGGCAUCAAGUUAAUGAUAAGCGCCUUCGGAAGUACGGAGACGCCGACGAGCUCGGGUGUCGACGCUGUUGCAGCCGCAGAUGCACUGGCGCAGUGGUGUAAGGAUUACGAUCUCGACGGUGUGGAUGUCGAUUACGAGGACUUUACUGCCUUCAACGGUGGUACCACAGCAGCUGUCGACUGGUUGAUUGCGUUCACGAAAGAGCUUCGCGCCCAGCUUCCUAGUGGCGACUACAUCAUUACCCACGCUCCUGUGGCGCCGUGGUUCGAGAAGGGUUACUCAGGUGGCGGAUACUUGGCUAUUCACGAAGCCGUAGGUGACCUCAUCGACUGGUACAACGUACAAUUCUACAACCAGGGCCAAGACGAGUACACCACCUGCACGAACCUUCUCACGACCUCAGGCGGCAUCCACCCUGGAUCCUCGCUCUUCGAGAUCGCCGCGAACGGUGUACCGCUCGACAAGCUUGUCAUCGGAAAGCCGGCUCUCGCCUCCGAUGAGACCAGCGGUGGCUUGAUGGACGCGUCAACCCUCGCGACUUGCGUCGCUCAAGCUCACUCGCAAGGUUGGAAUGCCGGCGUUAUGGCGUGGCAAUAUCCGGACGCGACUUCCGACUGGAUCAAGACCGUGCGCGGCUCGACGUGGCCGGAGUCGGGCAGUGGCUCUGGAGGCGGGUCAGGCACUCCGACUACCACAAGCGCUCCCGCUGCCUCGUCAACAUCUAGUUCAAGUGGUUCCUGCGCCGGUGUUUCCGCAUGGAGCAGUUCUGCCACGUACACAGCCGGAGAUAAGGUCACAUAUAGCGGCUUCCUCUGGACAGCGACCCAAUGGACGUACAACGAUACGCCCGGCGGCGCUGCUGGUGUAUGGACGAAGGGCGCGGCGUGCUGA